AUUUUCACUAAAAGUUUUUAACUUAAUUUGAAAUGUAACCUAAUUAAGUUUUCUUUUCUCUGUAGUUAUAAUUAGCACUGAUAGCAGUACUUGGAUCCACCUGAAAUGGCCCUUUCCUUUCUAGCAACCCGUGACUAAUAGUUAACUCUUAAUUAAUUACUAGAUCUAAAACAUGACAAACUAAUAUUUGGCCAAAACCACAAAAAUAUAGUUGUCAAAAAUCUGCUCAUUAUUCUGUCACCCACAUGCAUCUUACUAUUAUAGACCCGUGAACCCACAGUGAUCUACAUUAGAGAAACUUAAUUAACAUGCAUUAUACUGCCUAUAUAUACAAACAACAAAUCAAACACCCACUACAACAAAAACCCAACACUAAUCACCUUUCUCUUCCUUAAUCCUCCCCACUAAUCACGCAAUUAAGAAUGGGCAGAUCAGGUUUAGUCGAUCACCGACGGCUGGUGCUAGCCACCCUGGCUCUGCUGCUGCUGGUGGCCGGCGGGAUUCCGGUCUCGUCCGCUCAGUCGACGAUCUGCAAAAUGCCGGUUUCUGGGCUGACGGCUUGCAAGCCGGCCGUGACGCCGCCCAAGCCGAGCCGCCCGACUCCGGCGUGCUGCGCGGCUCUUUCGAAAGCCGACAUGAAGUGUCUAUGCUCGUUCAAGAACUCGCCGGUGCUGCCUUCUCUCGGGAUCGACCCCAAGCUCGCCUUCAAGCUCCCGGCCAAGUGCAAGCUUUCUAAGUCUCCCCCUUGUUAAUCUGAUCUGUAUGGUCUGUAGAAGACAACGGUGAUUAACUUGAUCUCCAUGAUUAUGAUUAUUAAGUAGUGCUCUUAAUUUCCACUUUUGGGUUAUUAACUUGUGCUUCAGUUCUGUGUUGUUUGUGUGGUGUGGUUUAUCUUUCUUGAAGGCUUUUAUGAUAUAUAUAUAUAUAUAUGUAUGGUGUUUUCCUUAUGUAUGUGUUGUGUCAUGUGUGGGUGAAUUUACAUAGGUCACGAAUUUCAUAUACAAAUUUGGUAUAAUGAGCGUAACAUAUAUACUUUAUUUGUCAUUUUUAUUGGGUUUUAGUCACCCUGUCUAGAUAAAAUUGUAGUAUUAAUAAACCGAUAUUAACCAUAACAAAAGAGGUGUUCGAAACUAUGAAUAACUUGUAUGUACGGUCAACUGUAUCUAACUACACAUUCGAUACAAACCAAAUACGUUUACAUAACAUGAGUCAAUUAUGACCGGCUCGCGAAAGUCACUCAAACUUGUAGUCAUGUAACAUUCUCUUUUUACUAUGGUAGUCGAAUUGUAUCAUGUCGAUUUUCUUCAUGCUAUCAAAUCUGGCAUGAACAACUUUAACGGAAUAAUUUCGAUUGAAACAACUGGGCUCGCUAAUUUAUGGCUGGGUUGCGAAACAACUCAAAAGCACGAUGACCAUUAAUGUAAUUUAUUACCUUGUUCCAAAUUGGAGCUGAAAAUUAGUUCAAACUUAGAAACCCAUAUAAUUGACCGAGCUCACGUACAAAAGGAAAGUAGUUCAUGGUCCUUUCCCCAAAAUGAUGGCCUACAGAUCAACAACACAAAUCGAGCUUCACUCCAUUCGCCCUUUCUCUCUUCGAUCUCCCACAACAAACAUCAAAAUUUCCU